ACUCGUUGUUAACGUCGCUGAGCGUCGAGUCCAUACACUUUACUCAGAGGUUGGUACUCAAUUUAGUGAAGGGGUAUUUACCCCUUAAAACAACCCCAAGUGUUCAAAGUUUGAAAAUUAUUUGUGUAGUUUAGCAGUGAAAAUAGUUGUUUGUUGUAUUUUUUUGAAAAAAUAGUGAAGGGUGGAAACUUACACAUAUAUGUGAAGUUUAUUGUGAAUUUGGUGAUGUUUUAAAUGUUUUGUUAAAUUAACUGUUGAAGCUUUAUACGAAGGGUUCGCUGUACCACCAAACCAAAAAACCAUAAAUCAUGUGUGACGACGAUGUAGCGGCUCUUGUCGUCGACAAUGGCUCCGGAAUGUGCAAAGCCGGUUUCGCCGGUGAUGACGCCCCUCGUGCUGUCUUUCCAUCCAUCGUAGGUCGCCCCAGACACCAGGGUGUCAUGGUGGGUAUGGGUCAAAAAGACUCCUACGUAGGAGACGAAGCCCAAAGCAAAAGAGGUAUCCUUACCUUAAAAUACCCUAUUGAACACGGAAUUAUUACUAACUGGGACGAUAUGGAAAAGAUUUGGCAUCAUACCUUCUAUAAUGAACUUAGAGUAGCCCCCGAAGAACAUCCUAUUCUUUUGACUGAAGCUCCACUCAACCCAAAAGCCAACAGAGAAAAGAUGACACAAAUCAUGUUUGAAACUUUCAACACCCCUGCCAUGUAUGUCGCCAUUCAAGCUGUAUUGUCUCUGUAUGCUUCCGGUCGUACCACUGGUAUUGUACUUGAUUCUGGAGAUGGUGUAUCCCACACAGUACCCAUUUAUGAAGGUUACGCUCUCCCACACGCCAUCUUGCGUUUGGACUUGGCCGGUAGAGACUUGACUGACUACCUUAUGAAGAUCCUAACCGAAAGAGGUUACUCUUUCACCACCACAGCUGAAAGAGAAAUCGUUCGUGACAUCAAGGAAAAAUUGUGCUAUGUAGCUUUGGACUUUGAACAGGAAAUGGCCACAGCAGCCAGCUCCACCUCCUUAGAAAAGAGUUAUGAACUUCCUGAUGGUCAAGUCAUCACCAUUGGUAACGAAAGGUUCCGUUGCCCUGAAGCUCUCUUCCAACCUUCCUUCUUGGGUAUGGAAUCUUGCGGUAUCCACGAAACCGUCUACAACUCCAUCAUGAAGUGCGAUGUCGACAUCCGUAAAGACUUGUACGCCAACACUGUCCUUUCUGGAGGUACCACAAUGUACCCUGGUAUUGCUGAUCGUAUGCAAAAGGAAAUCACUGCCUUGGCUCCAUCAACCAUCAAAAUCAAGAUCAUCGCUCCACCAGAAAGAAAAUACUCCGUUUGGAUCGGUGGCUCCAUCUUGGCCUCCCUGUCCACCUUCCAACAGAUGUGGAUCUCCAAACAAGAAUACGAUGAAUCCGGCCCUGGAAUUGUUCACCGCAAAUGCUUCUAAACUACUUUAUAUUUAUCGUAUACAUAUUAAGUACAAUACUGAGAGUUGGAGCAUGAAUGUGUGUUUUUAUUUUGGUUAUAGAUGAUGACUUGUUGAUAUUGUAACAAUAAAUUCAUUUUGUAUUACUUUGGUAAUAUUUUAUUUAUGGGAACAGCCAGAUUGAAGUCGUAAAGAGUUACAAAAUAUUCUAGCCAAUAACAACCUGAAAGUGUCAAUUAACACUGAGUAAUAGUUUGAGGCGCUUAGCUCCAGCUCCUUUUUCAGCCGAUAGUAAGAAGUAUCUAAACUAGAAUACAUUCUGUAUUGUACUUUAUAAAUAUGCGACUUGUAUAACAUCAAUUUCAUUGUAAAAUAUCAUCAUCAUUGUUUUUAUGGACCUACGUAACAGUAGGAUACACAUGACAAGACUUCUUUUCCUGCUGUGUAUACGCACCUUUACAAACAUGCUGCUGGCCUAAUUGUAAUCCUGUAAGGGGCCUUUGUUGGGCGCGUAGUUUGUUUGUGGGAAUUGUAUUGACUACUUAUAUACCUACUUUUAUUAUUAAGGCAUUUGAAAUCGUAAACUAAAAUUGGUUGUUUAUAUUUUAUAUGAGUAUUUUUAGUAGUAGAUAAGAUUUCAAUUGCAGAACUACCUAUGUAUGUAUUCAUUAGAAAUAAAUUCUUAUUCC